UGUGUACCAACAAGGAAUGUUUGUGGAAGCGUUUUAUUUUGAAACUGGACUCAAGUCAGACGUGUUUCCCCCCUGGAUCCAGCAGAGUCCAGCAUAACAGCACAGGUCGGAGAGAGGAGAGUUUGUUGAAGUGAAACCGAAAGUUUUUUCUGAGCGACAGCAGAACUGCAGUUGAGACAAAUCUCUGCGUUUCCGUCAAAAGAAAAAUAAAAUAGAGCUCAUCAGGAUAUUCUCAACAACGGCUCAAAUACUGACAUGUCUGCUGCCAGUAACCUGCAAUCUGAAGAUCAGUUUCUGUGCUCCAUCUGUCUGGAUGUGUUCACUGAUCCCGUCAGUGCACCAUGUGGACACAACUUCUGCAAAAACUGCAUAGACAAACACUGGAAUAUUGUUGGCAGGUGCCGGUGUCCUAUGUGUAAGAAGGUUUACAAAACAAGACCUGAACUUCAAAUCAAUACUUUCAUCUCUGAGAUGGUUGCUCAGUUCAGACAGUCAACUCAACAGAAAGCCAGCAGCAGCAGCAGCAGCAGCUCAGAGCAACAAGCUGCCAAACCAGCAGAAGUUCCCUGUGACGUCUGCACUGGAACCAAACUGAAGGCCCUGAAGUCCUGUCUGGUGUGUCUGACCUCCUACUGUGAGACUCACCUGGAGCCUCAUCUGACGGUGUCAGGCCUGAAAAGACAUCAGCUGAUCCACCCCGUGGAGAACCUGGAAGACAGGAUGUGUACGAAGCACGAUAAACCUCUGGAGCUGUUCUGUAAGACCGACCAGACAUAUGUCUGCUUGAUGUGCUCUGUUUUAGAUCACAAGACACAUGAGUUUGUUCCUCUGGAAGAAGAAUAUGAAGGAAAGAAGGCAGCGCUGGGGAAGACUGAGGCUGAAAUUCAGCAGAUGAUCCGGAAGAGACGACUGAAGAUCCAGGAGAUCAAACACUCAGUGAAGAUCAGUAAAGAUGAUGCAGACAGAGAGAAAGCAGAAGGUGUUCAGGUCUUCACUGCUCUGAAGGAGUCUGUUGACAGAGGCCUGAACGAGCUCAUGAAGGAGAUCGAAGAGAAACAGAAAACGACGGAGAAACAGGCUGAAGUUUUCAUCAGAGAUCUGGAACAGGAAAUCUCUGAGCUGAUGAAGAGAAGCACUGAGGUGGAGCAGCUCUCAGGCUCUGAAGACCACCUCCACCUCCUCCAAAACUUCCCAUCCCUGAAAGCUGCUCCACCCACCAAGGACUGGACAGAGGUCAGAGUCCGUCUACCGUCAUAUCGGGGGACUGUGGUGAGAACUGUGGCUCAGCUGGAGAAGACGCUCGGUAAAGAGACGAAGAAGCUGUUUGAGGAUGAGCUGAAGAGGGUCCAGCAGUAUGCAGUGGAUGUGACUCUUGAUCCUGAUACAGCACAUCCUGGUCUCAUCCUUUCUUAUGAUGGGAAAAAAGUAAAUCACGGAGAUGUGACAAAGAAACUCCCAGCCAACCCAGAGAGGGUUUCCAAGCAUGUCAUUGUCCUAGGAAAGCAGAGUUUCUCCUCAGGCAGGUUUUACUACGAGGUUCAGGUUAAAAGAAAGACUGCCUGGACUUUAGGAGUGGCCAGAGAGUCGAUCAACAGGAAGGGAAAAAUCAAACUGAGACCUGAGGAUGGAUACUGGACUAUUUGGUUCCGGAAAAGAAUGGAGUACCAAGGUCUUGCUGGCCCUGCAGUCUGUUUCUCUCUGAAGUCUCGGCCUGAGAAGGUGGGGGUGUUUGUGGAUUAUGAGGAAGGUCUGGUCUCCUUUUAUGACGUAGAUACUGCAGCUCUCAUCUACUCCUUUACUGGCUGCUCCUUCACUGAGAGACUCUACCCGUUCUUCUGUCCCUGUAAUAACGAUGGUGGUAAAAACUCCACCCCUCUGAUCAUCUGUCCUGUCAAUCAAACUGCCUGAUCUGUGUUAUGAUGAAGCGUCGCCAACAAUCAAUAUACUUAUUAAAUGAAUCUUUACAUUUAACCUCUAAAGUGUAAAUAUACACCAGCAAAGUAUUUAUACCACAAUAGUGGGACAGCAGUCAGCACUAGGAUGAUAAUAAAUUAGAGACAUGAAAACAAACCAAUCAAUGACAAACUGAUUAGUUUUUAAAUGAAAAGAUUCACUGUGAUUCAUGGUAACUAAUGCACAUAUUCAGUGGUAAUGUACAGUGUAAACGGGUCUUCAUCUGAAUAUGAUUAAUGUGGUCACUUGAUGAUUCACUAUAUCUUUGUUUUAUUUAAUGCAGGUCGUAUUUUUCACUGUACUUGUCUUUUUACUGCUUCAGUGUGAGAAAACCAAGUCAUUCCAUUAAAGCUUUACAGUGCAGCUUGAACGUGAACCACAGCAAGACUGAUUCUGAGGGCAGAAGCAAGAGUGCAUCAAGUGGAGUUCAGUGCAGAAAGACUGAGACUGAGCACUGUCUUCACUGAGACACUUUAAUGAGGAGGUGAAAAUAAUGCAAGGCGUCAACGUUAUCUGCAGAUAUGAGGCAGAAUUUUAAACUACAAUGAAGGUCAUAUAACAAUUAGGACACCAAUUAAUUAACACACAGGAAAAAAUUAGACAA